AUGGACGGAGAGUCACGAGAGUCCCGCGAGAAGCGGAUUCAAGAGCUAUGGCAGAAACUCGACACCAGCUCUGCGGGGCAGAUUGAUUUGACCGGCCUGAAGAAGGGAUUGAAGAAACUCGACCAUCCACUCAAAAACGCCGAUGACCUGCUGCACGAUGUCCUGAAAGCAGUUGACACCUCUGGCGACGGGCGGAUACAGUUCAACGAAUUCCUGGUCUUUGUUGAACAUGCCGAGAGAGAGCUGUGGCAGUUGUUCGAGAGCAUCGAUCGAGACAACAGUGGUGCUCUGGACAAGGAAGAGCUUCGGACAGCCUUCCAGAGAGCUGGGCUUACAAUCAGUUCUUCCAAGCUCGACCAAUUCUUCGACGAAGUCGACACGAAUCAUGAUGGCGAAAUCAGCUUCGAGGAGUGGAGAAACUUCCUGCUAUUCAUCCCAGCAGGCGUGCCAAAUCUGCGAGCUGUGUUAUCGUAUUAUUCGGCUACCGCAAGCGUGAAUCAAGAGGGCGACGUAAACAUCAACGACACACUUCAAGGAUUCGGUAAGCUUUGUUCACCAUGCCCACCUUCACAAUCAAGAUCGAGCCCAGAGCUCUCCUUUCCUUUCUCGCAGGGGUCAGCUUCGCCAACGUCACCAACAACAUUCACGUCAACUACAAAUCAACCAUGGUCGUCCACGGUCCACUUACGUCGCCUCCAGUCCCGCCUCGCUCUCCUCCCAGAGACUUCUGAUCUGUCAUCUUUCCCGGCGACCCAAAGCUACUUCAUUGCUGGCGGCCUUGCUGGUAUGAUUUCUCGAACAGCUACAGCUCCUCUCGACCGUUUGAAGGUCUACCUGAUCGCACAAACUUCGACAAAAGAAGCUGCUGUCGAGGCCGCAGCCAAGGGCGCGCCUAUCAGCGCGAUUCGACACUUUGGUCGCCCGCUCAUAGACGCAUGCAAAGACUUAUGGGCCGCGGGGGGCAUCAGAAGCUUGUUUGCUGGUAAUGGACUGAAUGUCAUCAAGGUCAUGCCUGAGUCAGCCAUCAAGUUUGGCGCCUACGAGGCUGCAAAGCGAGCAUUUGCUCGGUUGGAUGGCUCAGAUCCAAAGCAUCUGCACCCAACAGCACAAUUCAUGGCGGGUGGUAUAGGUGGGGUUGUAUCCCAGUGCAUUGUUUACCCGCUCGACACACUCAAAUUUCGAAUGCAAUGCGAAACAGUCCAAGGAGGCAUGCGAGGCAAUACUUUGAUAAAACACACGGCGGUGAAGAUGUGGAAACAGGGCAAAAUCAUGCCAUUUUACCGCGGCCUCGGCAUGGGACUCGCCGGCAUGUUUCCCUACAGCGCCAUCGACCUCUUCAUCUUCGAAACCUCCAAGAACCUCUACCUCGCCUCACUGGCCCGCCGAUAUCGCUGCCACGAAGAGGACGUACACAUGUCGAAUCUCGUGACGGCUUCCAUCGGCGCCGCUUCCGGGGCCGUCUCCGCCACCGUUGUCUACCCCGUCAACCUAUUACGCACGCGCCUCCAAGCCCAAGGAACCGUCUUACAUCGGGCGACGUACACGGGCAUCGCGGACGUGACGCGCAAGACAAUCCGCAACGAGGGCUGGAGGGGCCUGUUCAAAGGCGUCACGCCCAACCUGCUCAAGGUCGCACCGGCCGUGAGCAUCAGUUAUGUCGUUUAUGAGAAUUGUAAGGCGUUGAUGGAUUUGCACUAG